AUGGAGACUCAUCGCCUACUGGUCAUCGGCUCGUCGCCGACACCGGUCAUUGCGCUCUCGUCAGAGUCGGAUGUGGUGGUCGUCGAGGAGAGCCCGCUGGUCCUUGCUUCCUCGCGUCGGUCGCGGGCCAAAUCGGGUCCGAAGCAGAAGCGGAAGCGGAAGCGGACGCUGGCCUUUGAGAUCGAGGCCGACGAGGUGAGCAAACGGAACAAGGCGCUGGGCUCAUCGCAUCAGCCCAAGCUCACCGCCUUUAUCGGCGGAAGUGGCAAGGCCAGUGCAGAGCGCAUGUCGCUGCCCGCUGGGGGCGGUGGCACUGACAGCGUUGUCGAUGAGGAGACGACCGGCAGUUCUGAGGACGACGAGGUGGGGACAAGCAGCGGGCCGCCGUCGCCUGCCGCGUUCUUCCUCACUCCGGCGCAGCGCAAGGCCAAGAAGCUGCGGGAUCAGCAGCGGGCGCUGCGCAAGGCAAAGGCGCGGUACGCCGAGGAUGUGGCGCAUAUCAACUCGGCGUUUGGUGCAACAACCGCAAUAGCCGCCGUCUUUACCCAGAAGCCGCAGCCUGGCAGCGCCGUCCCUGGACGGGUCGCGUGCUACUCGCCAGCCGAGCUAGAGGCGCUGCCGCUCGCGCCGUGGCCGGCCGGCCCUGCCAACCACGUGCGGCAGCUGGAGCCGGACGCCUCGCGAAUCGCACCAAGUCCGGCCAUGGCCGGCAUGCCGGCUAUUCCCGACAUGGUCGAGGUACCGAGUGUGGCGGUGGCGCGGGCGGCUCAGGCCAGGUUUGUCAGCAGCCUGUCAGAAGGAGCUACUUGGCGCGGCAAUGCCCGAGUGCUGGACCUGGUGUCCGACGACGAUGACGACAACGGCAGCGGCGAGAUGUGCGUGGACAUGGCUGCAGUCAUCGACACGCUGUGUGUUGAGUACGACGUCGACCCGCGGGAGAUGGCGUCGUACGUAGCCAUGUAUCGCGGAGCGGCCGAGGCUGGGGCGGUCAACGCGCAGUGGGUCGACGUCUACACGCCGGCGGCACUGGGCGCGGCACUGUGCGCCGACGAGGUUGCACAGCUCGUUGAGAGCUGGCUCGUCGACUGGGCCAAUCUCAAGCGGCGGCAGCGGAAGCAGGACAAGUCGCGGCGCACGUUUAAGCGGAUGCAGCUGGACCAGCUGUACGGGAUGUGGUCGCCGGCGUCGCCGGACGUGGACGAGCUCGAGCGGGCAAUGAUGGAGCUGACCACCGCUGAUGUCCUCGUUCUUCAGGGCGCGCUGGGAACGGGAAAGACCCAGGUGGUGUACUCGCUGGCGGCCAAGCUCGGGUACCGAGUCAUUGAGGUCGGGCCGGGCGAACUGCGGUCGGGCCACAAGAUCCUCUCGAGGUUCGGCGAGGCGACGCGGUCGCACUCGCUGUUUGGCGCGCGAGCAACGCCGUCGCCGACGCCAGCAUCGACCGGAAGCUCGCCGCUGGCGCCGUUCUUUGGCGGCGCGCCGGUCGCCAAGCCGGUCAAGCCGGCAGCCGCACCCAAGCGGGAGCCGCCGGUCAAGACCAUCCUGCUCUUUGAAGAGGUCGACGUGCUCUUUGACGACGACCGCGGGUUCUGGACGGCACUCGACACGCUGGUGACGCAAUCGAAGCAGCCGAUUCUGCUGACUUGCAACGCUGUGCCGCCCGAGAUGGACGGCCUGCGGUGCUCGUAUCACACGCUCGCCAUGGAGCAGGUUCGGGUCCCGUCGCUGGCGCUGCAUCUCCAGCUCAUUGCGCUGAUGGCUGGGGUCACGCUCCUUCGCCGCGACGUCGAGUUGCUUGUCGAGUCGUGCGGAUGUGACGUGCGGGCAUGCCUGCAGCAGCUGCAGUUCUGGAUCCAGCACACAGCGUGCUCGUGCGGGCCGAACGCUGGCCACGUUGUGGCGGUCCCGCUGUGGGAGCGCGCGGCAGCGAGCGAGGUCGUCGGUGCAGGCGGCGCGACCAAGCUGGAGACGGUGACCGCAAGCUACGUCGAGGCCAUUGCGCCGCCAGACACGACCACAGCUGGAGCGCUUGCACGGUUGGCAGCAGUGGGCUCGUGGGCAGAUCGGGUACCGGCGACAGGCAUGCCGGAGCCCGCCCACGCCGAUGUCAUGCUCCGCCAGGCGAUGCAGUGCGCCGCGGCGGCAGCAGCAAUGGCUACCUGGCCGCAGGCUCUCGUUCCGCCGCAUGUAAUGCUAGAGAACGCGCCUGGAGUGCUCGCGCGGCGGGCGCUGGCCGAGUGUGCGUCGGCGCAGCUUCGGCGCGACUACUACGACGCAGCGGCAGUCUCGGUGUGCGGGCCGGAGCUGCUGGUGCGCGGGCAGCAGGUCACCUUUGACGUGCUCUCGUACAUGGUGCGAAUGUGCCUCGACGAGGCGGCGCGGCAGGCGCGAUGGACCCGGCGGCGGUUCCGGCACCACCUUCGCGACGCAAUCCGGCACGGUGUGGCGGUCACGCUCGGCAAGCCGCGGUUCCGGGGCACGGCGCCGGGCGAGGAGGCCGUCGUCGAAGAAGGGGUGACUGGCGAGGCCAAGGCUGAAUGAAGACGCGCCAGGAUAG